AUGGCCUCCGCCGGUCUUUCUGCGUUUGAUGACGCGAAGGGUAACGCUGAUGACACAAAAACAAAGAACGCGAAACGCGCUCUUCAGAAAUACUUGGGUAUUGACGAUGAUACAAGCAAUGGGGACGUGGAGGAAGUCAAAUCAAUUCUCCUGGACGUUCAAUCAUUCAUGGCCAAGAAAAAACUUCUUACAGAUGGCACGCCAUGGUUGUUUUGUGACAGCUCCUGGCUGGAACAGAAAUCUAGGACAGAUAAAAUUGAAGAGUGUGGUGAAGAGGUGGAAAUUCAAGACUCUGAAGAAUACGGAUCGCAAUUAAAAGCGGACAAAAGUUCGGUGCCAUACUACUCUUCAGACCUUGAUCAGUAUAUCAUAGAUCAAGUCUACGGAGAAGGAGGUUUAUGCGGGUCUUCGGGCGAACUGGGUGUGACCCAAGGUCUCACGGACCCAAGUACCGUCACAUUAUGCCCGAGGGCCUUCACAAGAACCGGCGUGGAGACAAAUUUCGGUGUCGAUGCUCAAGGCAAAAAGCUUAGCAACGUGCUCUCGAAAAGUGCGACCUUGUUCCAUGAGUUAUUCCAUCUGGUCAUUGGCAACGACGACACUAUAGAUGCGACCUAUAGUCUUGGGACUCUUUUUAAGCAUGUUGGAAAGCCAUACACAAUACCUCCUAAAUCUGAAUGGGACGGUCAACGAAAUGCUUUGAAAAACUAUGAUCGCAAGACCAAUAUUAUGUUGGUUCGCACGAAUCCUGAGACUUGGGUGUUCUUCUGCACUGAUUACUGGUAUACUCUCAACAAGAACUUAUAUUGGGAUACCAUGGGAGUAUCCAAUACAGCUUAG